CGCUUGCUUUUACCGUCAUCAUUCACCAUCCCCGGUUCCGGUUCGGUCCUGCUGGCGCGGCCCGUAACGGGGCGGCAGCUCUGGGAGCCCCCGAUGGCCUCGAGCACCGCCCGCAGGCCGCCGUGCCGGGAGCGGGGUCUCCGGGAGCGGCCGGGACAACGAUCGGGUUCUGCCGGGCGGAACCGGAGCCGUAGUGGGGAGCGGGAGGGUGAACCUCGAGCAGUCCGGGAGGAGCUGCCGGCGGGGGAUCUGGACUGUGAGGAUGGAGAAGAAGCUGCCAAAUCCCCCAGAAAUCCUGUGCGGCCCCAAGGCAGCCCCGGCGGGGCGGCCCCGGGGCCCGGGGAGGGCUCCGCGAACGGGGCAGUGGCGGCGGCCGGGAGGCGCGGCAGGAAGGGCAAGGCCGAGGUGCUGCUGCUGGAGCUGUCCCGGGAGCCGGAGCCCCUCCGGGUGGAAAAGCGGCUCGGGAGCAGCGAGGACGGCCUGGACACCCCCCGGGGCGGGCGGCCCAAGAGGAAGGCAGCCAAAGUGGCUCUGCUGUACCUGCAGGAGCUGGCGGAGGAGCUGGCCCCCACCUGCCAGCCCCCCGUGCCGGCCGAGGGGGCACCGGAGCCAGAGCACGUCCCAAGGAAGCGCCGGGGCCGGAGGAGGAAGGAGGAGGACACAGACAGCGAUGACCCCACACAAGAUGCUGACUUCGUGCCCUCGCAGGAAGGGCUGCAGGCAGAGGAGGAGGAGGAGGAAGGCAGCGACACGCUGUUGAGUGAGGCGUCGGAGCCAGAGCUGGAGGCACCUCGAGGGCACGGCGGGAGGACGGCAGCCACAGGGAGAUCCAAGCCCCAGUGCCGAGGCCUCGCCCCCAACGGCUUCCACAAUUCCAUCAUGGCCCCAGUGGAAAAGAGCUCCAGCCUUACCUGCAGUCUGCGGGAGCAGAAGCACUCACAGUGGGAGUUCCCUGACUGGAUCCCAGUGGCUCACAGGUGGACGUGUCUCUCUGACAGCGAGGCUGCCCCGUACCUGCCAGCAGAGGAGAAGUCUCCCCUCUUCUCCAUUCAGCGUGAGGGCAUCAAGGACGAUGGUGCCUUGUACAGGUUAAACAGGUUCAGCUCUCUGCAGCCCCACCCAGAGCGCCUGGAUGUCUCCUUCUUCGUGGGCGGCCCAGUGUGGGCGAUGGAGUGGUGCCCGACCCCGGAGGGCUCUGCAGCCCCGCAGUACGUGGCCGUGUCCUGCCACAGGAGCAUGGAGGAGACGCACAGCGUGUCUGGGCUUCACUCAGGCCCUGCACUCCUGCAGCUCUGGGGCCUGGGCACGCUGCAGACAGAGCAGGGCUCCCCCAACAAGGCCAGGCUGGCCUAUGCCAUCGCCGCCGACUACGGCUGUGUGUGGGACAUGAAGUUCUGCCCCAGUGGUGCCUGGGAGCCACCCACUGCAGCCCGGACGCACCCACAGAUGAGCCGGCUGGGCCUGCUGGCAGCUGCCUUCUCAGAUGGCAGGGUGGUGGUGUAUGCCCUGCCACACCCUGGGGCCCUGCACCACGCCAAGACAACCCAGGUAAAAGAUGGGUCCCUCCACAAGCACCUUAUCUGCAAGGUGCAGUGCAUCGCCACGCUUCAGGUGGGCUCCAUCGAGGCAGGUAAUGCAGCUGAGUGUGGACAGUGCUUCAGUCUCUCCUGGAUGCCUUCCAAGCCCCACCAUCACCUUGCAGCAGGGUUUUAUGACGGCACUGUGGCGGUGUGGAACCUGCUCACCAAAUCCCUGCUGCAGUGCGUGCACCAGCCUGAUGCCUCCCUCAAGCUCUACCCUUUCCGGUGCUUUCUAGCCCAUGACCACGCAGUCCGGAGCAUUGAGUGGUGCAAGGCUGACAGCAACUUCCUGGUCACGGUAGGCAGCGAUCGCAAGAUCAAGUUCUGGGACCUGCGUCGGCUGUAUGAGCCCAUCAACAGCAUCAAGCGGUUCCUGAGCACUGAGGUGGCCUGGCUGCUGCCCUACAACGGCGUCACUGUGGCCCAGGACAACUGCUAUGCCUCGUAUGGGGUCUGUGGGAUCCACUACAUCGACGCCGGGUACCUGGGCUUCAAGGCCUAUUUUGUGGCCCCUCGCAAGGGCACUGUGUGGAGCAUCUCUGGCUCGGACUGGCUGAACACAGUAGCUGCAGGUGACAUCACCGGUGAGCUGGUGGCAGCGGUGCUGCCUGACCUGGCUGUCAACCCCCUCAACGUCAAGCGCUCCUCAGACCGCAGAUUUCCGGUGUACAAAGCUGACCUGCUGCCGUGCAGCCCUGAUGGGCCUGAGUGCGCCGAGCAGGCACUGCCCAGGACCCAUCGCUACAGUGAGAUGGUGGCCAGGAGCUACAUCCGAUUCCAGGACACAGACCUGCGCAGCUUCCAGAACUUCCCAAGCCGGGAGCCCAUGCGCCGCAUGCACAAGCAGGAGCUGAAGGCAGAACUGAGCCUUGACCGCCUGCAGCUGGAGGCCCUCCACAAGGUGCGCUUCAGCCCCAACCUGGACUCGCAGGGAUGGCUGGUGUCGGGUGGGCAGGCGGGCAUUGUGCGGGCACACUGCCUGCUCGGGCUGGCCUCUGGCGUGGGCCACCAGCUGCUCCCAGAGUGCCAGGCCCGCUUCAGCGUCCUCUAUGGGGACACAGCCAGCAGCCCUGGCCCCCCUGAGCACUCCCUGCUGCCAGCAGAGUAGGGCUGUCAGUCCCUCAUGCUGCUGCCAUGUGCUCACCCUGGGCAGGGCUGGGGCCAGCUGUGCUGGCAUGGGGCUGUUGGCCCCCUCAGUGCUGCUUUCCCUAUGGGUGUCUGCUGCAGGAGGGACAGCUGCUCCCAGACGUUCUCUGGGAUGCUCUGGAUGCUUGUCCUCAUCCUCUGGGCCUGGAAGGGUCUGUCUACAGUGUUUGGUCUGAGCUGGGCAGGGGUUGUGGGACCUGCACAUGUCCCAGGGCUGAGCUGUGGGUCUGACCCUGUGGACCCUUCACCAGCGUGGAGCUGUGCUUGUGCUCGCCUCCGUCCCUGCUGUGUGCCAAAGGGCGGGGAGGGGGCCGGGAGCUGUGGAGUCGCUCACAUUGAGCUUGUGUUCAGCUGUGCAGAAUAAACGUGGUGGUUUUG